CGGAAACUGCACCGGCCGGAACAGUUUCCGGCGGACCAACGACCCGCCUGAGCCUUCCUGUUCCACAAGCGCCCACCAGAACUCCGACCCCCGGCAGUUCCGCUUCCGGUAGCACCAGAUAAAUCGCGAGAGGAGAGUUAAAACCUGCCGUUUGCACUUAGGACCACUUCGGUUCGUGAUGGUCCGUAGUGGGAAAAAUGGUGACCUUCAUCUUAAACAGAUCGCAUACUAUAAGCGCACAGGGGAGUACCACCCCACCACACUGCCAAGUGAGAGAAGCGGCAUAAGGCGGGCAGCUAAGAAAUUUGUCUUCAAAGAAAAAAAGCUGUUUUAUGUUGGAAAAGACAGAAAACAAAAUCGUUUGGUAGUUGUUUCAGAAGAGGAGAAGAAGAAAGUACUGAGAGAGUGCCAUGAGAAUGGCCCUGGUGUCCAUCACGGCAUUUCCAGAACCCUCACUCUAGUGGAGUCCGGCUACUACUGGACGUCCGUGACCAAUGACGUCAAGCAGUGGAAAAUAAUAAUGGACCAAAGAGAUGAAUUCAUUGAACAGAUCAAUGUAGAACUAUAUAGAUUAUUUGGUGCAAAAGAGAUUGUAAUUUCUCGUGCUUCUGGAAGUGUUAAUCCAGCUGAAAACACACCUAGCACCAUCAAAACAUUCCUCUCGAAACACUGUGCUGACCACCCCAACACCUGGGAUGAGCAUCUGCCAGCUCUUUCCUUUGCCUUCAAUGUGACUCACUUGGAGCCUAAUAAAAACACACCAUAUUUCCAAAUGUUCAAUCGGAAUCCUUGCGUGUUGGAGUGUCCUCCUGAAGAGGGCGGUGAAGGUACAAGUGUGUUUGCCAGAAUCGUAGCUGCAGUUAGAGAGGCUGAUGGAGUGGUGGAGAACAAGACACCAGCAGCGAGCCAGAUGGAGAACAACAAUUCGGAUGAACUGAGUAAAAGCAAAGUUGUUAAAAAGAAAGCAAAGCAGUUAAAUCCCUUUCAUUUGAAAGUGGGUCAUGAGGUUUUACGACAGAGGAAGAACUGGUGGAAGGAUGGCCGCUUCCAGUCUGAGUGGGUUGGGCCUUGUGUCAUCGACUACAUUACAGAAAGUGGAUGUGCUGUCCUCAGAGAUAACACGGGAACCAGACUCAAACGACCUAUCAAAAUGUCCCACCUUAGGCCCUAUGUGAGAGAGUCCAGUGAGCAGGACAGUCUUUAUCUCUUGCAAGGUUCGAUAGUGGCAGAUCACGACUACAUUGGAUUACCUGAAAUCCCAGUUGGAACAUACCAGGCAAAUAUUCUGGUAGAAGAUGCAACUAUUGGGAUAGCUGAUAAUGAACUAUUGAUAUCAAGCAAGGAUCAUGAACUCUUAGAAUAUAGAAAUUCCAAAAUCUCUGCAUUGGUAGAAGACCACAGUUCUCUUGAGAAACAGACUUUUAGUCUACUGGAUUCUUCAAAUCAAGUUCUCGAGUACUUAAGUUAGUAAAUACCAAAAUUAAUGUAAAAUGCUUGCACAGAAUGUAUAUAUUUCUAGUUUGUAAGUAUUUUAUCUAUUAAAAUAGGUUGUAUAGAAGAGAGAUCUUGGUACUAUGUUAAUAACUAAAUUCUGAAAGCUUAUUUUAAACCUUCCUAAAGAUGUUACAUGUUUGAAUACAAAUAAAUUUAUGUAAUAGAAGUAUACCAUGUGUAGAAUUCAGAAAUUUCUCAGAAAACAGACAAAAUACGUUGUUAGGAAAUAAAUUCUUGUGGAGAAGUCUUACCUUUUUCUAUAUGGGUACUGCAUUUUCUCUUUUAACUUUUCAGCAAUACAUACCCCUUUUAAAUAAAUUUAAACUAAUUAUAGCUUAGUUAAUAAAUGUUGAGUGAACAAUAACAUAAAUGAAAUGAAACUUUAUCUGUGACAUUGGAACUUUUAAAAUUUGUAUUUGUGUGUAUGCAUGCACGUGCACGAAUAUGUGUGUUUCUGAGUGAGGCUUUAUGCAUGUGAGUACAGUGCCCUAAUGUAAAGGCUAGGCGAGCGUAUCAGAUAUGCUGAAGCUGAAGUUACAGGUGAUUGGGCACCAACCAGGUUGAGUACUGGGAACCACACUAGGAUCCCCUGCACCAGCAGAGCACACUCCAGCUGAAGGACAAGUGACUGUCAGGGAAAGAAUGAAGUCGUUGACCUUGUACACAAACCAAAGACAUUGCAGAUAGAAUUCUAGAAAGAAACUAAAACAGAGUGGUGCUAGCAGGCUUUGCCUUCUCUCCUCUACAGAGCAGAGGUCAGGGAAGGAGCCUACUGCAGUGCCUACAUGGUCGAUAAAGGGAUUGUCUCUUUGUCACCUCAAUGAAGUCACUUUCUACUAAGAUUCUUUUCCAGAUCAUCUGACUUGAAUUUGGCCUAUUUUACUUGUUCUAUUUAAGGAGGCCAAUUAGCUUUCAGAUUCAUUUCUCAGUGGAAGAUUCUGAAUAGCUAAAAAUAAUGUUUUCCCUUCCUAAGUAAUUUCCCAUCAGAUUUUUGUUUUGUGUGUAUGUGAGUCAUAUCAGGCUACAUUAUUCUUCUUGCAAAUCAUCCCCAAAUCUUAGUAGCUUAAAACAAUAAAGCUUUAUUUCUUG